AUGGCAUCUUCAAAGGGCUCAAAAUCACCUUUGGUGAGGGAUGGAGAUGGAAAUGGUUUCAAACCAGGUGAAAAACGGUUGAAUUCGAUGGAUUCAACUACCUCAAGUUUAAAUUCAAAUGUCAGUGCUGCCAAACCAAAGUCUAAAAGAUCUAAAUCUACUAAUCAUCAUCAUCAUCAAUCGAUCAAUCAAUCUAAUGAUUAUAAUCCACCUGUAUCUAGUACUGGGUCGACUUCCUAUGUGGCUUCUUCAGCUGGGUAUUCUCAUGCUAGUGAUUCUCAAUCGAAUUAUUCAGCAUUAACGAAAACUACAGCUGAUUCUAAGAAUAUUCUUAGUAAAUAUUUAAUCAAUCCAGAUACUAAUAGUCAGGAUAGUUUAAUUAAUCCAAUUGAUAUUUCAGUAGAUGAAGAAUCUAUGGAAAAGAAGAAUGGUAGUAAUGACAAACAAGUUAGUGAUGAUGGAGGUCAUAUCCAAUCUGAGGUCCCCGCUACCACACCAAUUGUUAUUGAAUCAAAAGAAGAAGAACAAGAAUUAGAUCUUAUUAAAGUUAAUGCUCCUACAAACACAUUAUCAUCAUCACAAAAUUACUUAUCACUUCAAGAAUUCAAUUCAAUUACUAAUUCUAAAUUUGAAACUAAUAAUUCAUUAUUAUCUCAAGAUGAUUUCUUAAAUUGGAGUUUAAAAUCAAAAGAUUUAAUGAAUAAAGAAAUGAAUUUAAUGAAUAAAUUAAUUAUGAAUCGAUUUAUAUUAAUUAAACGAUUUAAAUUUUUAAAUCAAUUAAUCAUUGAUUAUGCUCAUAGUUUAAAUACAACUGAAUCAUUACUUAAAUUAAAAUUUGAAAAGUUAAAUAAUUUAUUUAAUGAAUCUUUAACCUUAUAA